GACGGACAGGAGAUGUUGGUUCUGGUUCUGGUUCUGGUCGUUGUGCUUCAGUUUGAAGGAACCAGAGGAGAACUUCAUCUGUAUCACAGAGAAGGAGAAAAUGUUGUUCUACCUUGUAACAGUCGUUCAUCAUAUUAUUCAUGCUCCAUUAUUAACUGGCUUUCCGACAGAGAGAGAAGCUCAGCUCACACAGUGGUUAAAAAUGGUAAAGUUGAUCAGAGUUCACCUCGAGCUUCCAGGUUAAAUUUGGACAAUAGUUGCUCUCUGAUCAUCAACAACAUCACUGCUGAUGAUGCUGGACUCUACAUCUGUAUACCUGAUUCAGAUGACACCUUUGAUGGUUUUGUCUAUCUGAAUGUUUUAACCAUUUCAGAUGCUGAUCCAACAAAUGAAGAUUUCACAUUACAAUGUUCUCUGUGGAGAGACGAAGGAUUGACUUCUUGUCCAGAGAAAAGUUUCCGCUGGUUUGAUGAGACAGGAAGUGAACUGACCAGUAAAAAUGAUGAUCGCAGCUCAACACAAAGAUGUUUUUCUUCUCUAACUGUGAAGCAUCAGAGCGACACCAACAGAAGAUUCACCUGCCAGUUUGUUGAAGGAAAUGAAGUGAAGGUUGAAGUUCAAUACACACAUCUGAUCAGACAAGUCCAUCUCUACCACAGAGCAGGAGAUGAAGCUGUUCUGCCCUGUAACAGACCUUCAUCAUCCGACUCAUGCUCCUCUGUUGACUGGAUUUAUCAGAGAAAUAAAAACAUGAACAGGAAACAGGAAGUUCAUAGAGGAAUGGUUCAGAGUUCACCUCGUUCUGCCAGGAUGAGUUUGGACAGAAAAUGUUCUCUGAUCAUCAACAACAUCACAGCUGAAGAUGUUGGACGUUACAGCUGUGGAUAUAAUACAGAUGUGUAUCUAAACAUGAUGAUCAUCUCUUCAUCUCUUCCAGCUGUUGAUCCAACAAAGAAUGAAGAGAUCACAUUACUCUGUUCUCUGAUGAGACUCGGUUCUUGUCCAGAUAAAAGUCUCCUCUGGUUGAACGAGACAGGAAGUGAACUGACUGGUGAAGGUGAUGAAUAUAAAUCUGGAGGACAGUUUGGUUGUGUUUCUAGUCUGACUGUGAAUCUUCAGAGCAGCAGAAGAUUCACCUGCCAGUUUGUUGAAGGAAACAAAGUGAAGAUAGAAGCUCACUAUGGAUCUGAAGGAACCAGAGGAGGAAAACUUCAUCUGUAUCACAGAGGAGGAGAAAAUGUUGUUCUACCUUGUAACAGUCCUGAAUCGUUUGAUUCAUGCUCCAUUAUUAACUGGCUUUACAACAGAGAUAGAAGCAAAACUCACUCAGUGUUUAUAAAUGGAAAAGUUGAUCAGGGUUCACCUCGAGCUUCCAGGUUAAAUUUGGACAAUAGUUGCUCUCUGAUCAUCAACAACAUCACUGCUGAUGAUGCUGGAUUCUACAUUUGUAGAGCUGGUCCAGGAAUCUCCUCUGAUGGUUUAGUCUAUCUGAAUGUUUUAACCAUCUCUCCAUCUCCUACCGAUGCUGAUCCAGCAAAGGAAGAUUUCACUUUACUCUGUUCUUUGAGCAGCAGAAGAUUCACCUGCCAGUUUGUUGAAGGAAACAAAGUGAAGAUAGAAGCUCACUAUGGAUCUGAAGGCCCCCCCGCCUCGUCUCCUCUGAGCUUCAUCAUGUUGACUCUGAAGAUCACAGGACUGAUCCUGAUGGUUGGAAUCACUGUUGGUAUCAUCAGAACCAGAGGAAGAAAAAAGCCUCAGAAAGACGUUAAUGUUCGUUUUGCUGUUGAUGACGACUCAGUGAAUUAUGAAAAUGUUGGAGAACGUUCUGCUGCCGCCGCUCUCCACUGAGCUUCAUCACAUCAGUUACAGUUCAUAGAAAAACUGUGUUAUAUAAAAUUUGUUUCAGUAUGCAUGUGUAUCUUUUUACUUGUUAAAUUUGCUAAUAAAGGAGAUAAACAGUU